UGUCAGCAAUAUAAACAGUAUAACCUCCGGUAUUCCGAGAUGAUGGGAAAAUAUCAGUAGAAAUGUCGUUACAACGGCGACUGUCGCACAUUAUUUUUCAUCCUGCGACGUAAAUCUCUGAUUAUUGUCCUGCGAAUAUCUGCAAUAUUUUCCCCAUAAAUCAUGGAACUCAUGCGUACUCUCGUCGGCCACAACCUUAAACGAUCCUUCCUGAAGGUGCCCGGGAGAUUCUGCGUGCAACAUGCGCGAUACAUCAGAUUAGCCGAGGUUGGAAAACUGGAAACACCAAAACUACAAGGAAAGUAUGAGACAGGUCAGCUGAUUUUGCACAGAGUCUUCGGUUAUCGUGGUGUAAUUCUCUUUCCAUGGCUAGCCAGAGUAUACGACAGGGAUAUAUCUAAUAAGAAGGAAGAGAAAGAUGAUAAUUUCAACAGUGUUGGUAAAGAAGUUAAGGGUAGAACGCAUACGUUUUACCAAGUCCUGAUCGAUCAGCGAGAUUGUCCUUACAUACGCGCCCAAACUGAAGCGGUGACCUUCCUGGGCAAUCAUGAAAGCAGUCGCAGCUUGUACGCCAUCCCCGGGUUGGAUUAUGUCGCACACGAGGAUGUAUUGCCGUACAGUACAAACGAGAAAGCGGCUCUGCAGCACGAAUUGUUCGACAAGUUUCUGACUUACGAUUCGAACAAAGAACCGUGCUUCGUAGCUCAGGAGACUCUCCGUGCGUGGCAGAAGAAGAACCAUCCGUGGCUCGAACUGUCCGAUGUACAUAAGGAAACCACCGAGAAUGUCCGUAUCACUGUCAUACCGUUCUACAUGGGUUGCAGAGAAAGUCAGACGACUUCUGUGUACUGGUGGCGUUACUGUAUCCGACUGGAGAAUUUAGGUGAAUUGAGCGUGCAACUGCGCGAGAGGCACUGGAGAAUAUUUAGCCUGUCGGGCACACUGGAAACUGUGAGAGGAAGAGGCGUGGUCGGCCAGGAACCGGUGCUGUCGAAAGCUCUACCCGCUUUCCAAUAUAGUAGUCACGUGAGCUUGCAAGCUCCUAGCGGUCACAUGUGGGGUACGUUUAGGAUGGAAAGAGAGGAUGGAUACGCGUUUGAUUGUAGAAUACCACCGUUCUCUUUGGAAUCGAAAGCCGAAGAGUCGUCGCCCAACGUGGAAGUGUGACUCUCCGAAGACGAAUGGCAUAACAAUUAUGACUGUUAACUAGGACUAGUAUAAUGUGUAACUUUGUUAGAUGAGCAUAUACGAUGAUUUAUAAGUAUAGACAAGACGAAACUGAAACAAACUUGAAUACGGAAUUUAUGAAGAUUUGUGAUAAUACAUGACAUCGGUUUUCCAAUUUCAAUAAAAUUAUAAUGUAUAUAUUUUCUCCCAAAGACCGCUUAUGAUCUGUUGCGAAGGAUGUGGAUUUCUUUCCGUAGUUACGCGUGUUCUCCAACAGCCUGAUUAUACCUUGACUUUUCCAAAUGACAUGUACAGGAAUUUAUAUAUAAAAAACAUGUAAAAGCUCACGUAUAUCGUAAAUAUAGCAAGAAAAAAAAAAUACA